CAAGAGGAGAAUAAGAAGAAAUUCACUUGAGUCAGACACUCUCAAGAUUCCUAGAAGACCAGAGUUCAUUUGUCAUCAUUUUACAAACAUUUACCUCAGGGAGCAUCCAACAAAGUGCGCCAUGGAUCUUGAAGAGGGCCGAAAUGGAAGAGAAGGGAAGAAAAACUGCCAAGUGGACAAAAAAAGUAAAGAAGAUAAGAAGAAAGAAAAGAAACCAACUGUUAGUACAUUUGCAAUGUUUCGCUAUUCGAAUUGGCUUGAUAGGUUGUAUAUGGUGCUGGGGACUCUCGCUGCCAUCAUCCAUGGAGCUGCACUCCCUCUCAUGAUGCUGGUUUUCGGAGAGAUGACAGACAGCUUUGCCAAUGCAGGAAAUAUAGGAAACAUGACUUUUACAAACAUAAGUAACUCAAGUAACUUCAGCAGUGCAUAUCUCGUCAAUCUGGAGGAGGACAUGACCACGUAUGCCUAUUAUUACAGUGGAAUGGGUGCUGGUGUGCUUGUUGCUGCCUACAUUCAGGUUUCAUUUUGGUGCCUGGCAGCUGGAAGACAAAUAUACAAAAUUAGGAAGCAGUUUUUUCAUGCUAUAAUGCGACAGGAGAUAGGUUGGUUCGAUGUACAUGACGUUGGGGAGCUUAACACUCGGCUCACGGACGAUGUCUCCAAAAUUAACGAUGGAAUUGGCGAUAAAAUUGGAAUGUUCUUUCAGUCACUAGCAACGUUUUUCACUGGUUUUAUAGUAGGAUUUACACGUGGUUGGAAGCUAACCCUUGUGAUUCUGGCUGUCAGUCCUGUUCUUGGACUAUCAGCUGCUAUAUGGGCAAAGAUAUUGUCUUCAUUUACUGAUAAAGAACUCUUGGCAUAUGCAAAAGCUGGAGCAGUAGCUGAAGAGGUCUUAGCAGCAAUUAGAACGGUGAUUGCAUUUGGAGGACAAAAGAAAGAACUUGAAAGGUACAACAGAAAUUUAGAAGAAGCUAAAAGAAUUGGAAUAAAGAAAGCUAUUACAGCCAAUAUCUCUAUUGGUGCUGCUUUCCUGUUGAUCUAUGCAUCAUAUGCUCUGGCAUUCUGGUAUGGGACCUCUCUGGUACUCUCAAAUGAAUAUUCUAUUGGACAAGUACUCACUGUCUUCUUUUCUGUAUUAAUUGGAGCUUUUAGUGUUGGACAGGCAUCUCCAAGUAUUGAAGCUUUUGCAAAUGCAAGAGGAGCAGCUUAUGAAAUCUUCAAGAUAAUUGAUAACAAGCCAAGCAUUGAUAGCUAUUCGAAGAAUGGGCACAAACCAGAUAAUAUUAAAGGAAAUUUGGAAUUCAAAAAUGUUCACUUCGAUUAUCCUUCUCGAAAAGAUGUUAAGAUCUUGAAGGGCCUCAACCUGAAGGUUCAGAGUGGGCAGACGGUGGCCCUGGUUGGGAGCAGUGGCUGUGGGAAAAGCACGACAGUCCAGCUGAUACAGAGGCUCUAUGACCCCACGGAGGGCACGGUCAGUAUCGAUGGACAGGACAUUAGAACCAUAAAUGUAAGGUAUCUGCGGGAAAUUAUCGGCGUGGUGAGUCAGGAGCCUGUGUUAUUUGCCACUACAAUAGCUGAAAACAUUCGCUAUGGCCGUGAAAAUGUCACCAUGGAUGAGAUUGAGAAAGCCGUCAAGGAAGCCAAUGCGUAUGACUUUAUCAUGAAAUUGCCGCAUAAAUUUGACACCCUGGUUGGAGAGAGAGGGGCCCAGCUGAGUGGUGGACAGAAACAGAGAAUCGCCAUUGCAAGAGCCCUGGUUCGCAACCCCAAGAUCCUCCUGCUGGACGAGGCCACAUCCGCCUUGGACACUGAGAGUGAAGCGGUGGUUCAGGUGGCUCUGGAUAAGGCCAGAAGAGGCAGGACCACAAUCGUGAUAGCUCAUCGGUUGUCUACAGUUCGUAAUGCUGAUGUCAUUGCUGGUUUUGAGAAUGGGGUCAUUGCGGAAAAAGGAAAUCAUUAUGAACUCAUGAAAGAGAAAGGCAUUUAUUUCAAUCUUGUCAGAAUGCAGACAGGAGGAAAUGAAAUUGAAUUAGAAAGUGAAGUUGGUGAAUCCAAAGGUGAAAAUGUUGCCUUGGAAAUGUCUCCAAAAGAUUCAGGAUCCAGUCUAAUAAGAAGAAGAUCAACUUACAAGAGUACUGGUGCAUCACAAGCCCAACACAGAAAGCUUAGUACAAAAGACACCCUGGAUGAAAAUGUACCCCCCGUUUCCUUUUGGAGGAUUUUGAAGCUGAAUAUAACCGAAUGGCCUUAUUUUGUGGUUGGUGUAUUUUGUGCCAUUAUAAAUGGAGGUCUGCAACCAGCAUUUUCAGUAAUAUUUUCAAGGAUUAUUGGGGUUUUUACAAGAAAUGAGGAUCCUGAAACAAAACGACAGAAUAGUAACAUAUUUUCACUAUUGUUUCUGGUCCUUGGAAUUCUUUCUUUUAUUACAUUUUUCCUUCAGGGCUUCACGUUUGGCAAAGCUGGAGAGAUCCUCACCAAGCGGCUCCGAUACCUGGUUUUCAAAUCCAUGCUGAGACAGGAUGUGAGCUGGUUUGAUGAUCCUAAAAACACCACUGGAGCACUGACAACCAGACUUGCCAAUGAUGCGGCUCAAGUUAAAGGGGCAAUAGGUUCCAGGCUUGCUAUAAUUACCCAGAAUGUAGCAAAUCUUGGAACAGGCAUUAUCAUAUCCUUAAUCUACGGCUGGCAAUUAACACUUCUUCUGUUAGCAAUUGUACCCAUCAUUGCAAUAGCAGGGGUUAUUGAAAUGAAAAUGUUGUCUGGACACGCACUGAAAGAUAAGAAAGAACUAGAAGGUGCUGGAAAGAUUGCUACUGAAGCGAUAGAAAACUUCCGAACUGUUGUUUCCUUGACUCGGGAGGAAAAGUUUGAAUAUAUGUAUGCACAAAGUUUGCAGGUACCAUACAGAAACUCUUUGAGGAAAGCACAGAUUUUUGGAAUCACAUUUUCUUUCACCCAGGCAAUGAUGUAUUUUUCUUAUGCUGGCUGUUUCCGGUUCGGUGCCUUUUUGGUGGCAAGAGAGUUAAUGAACUUUCAAGAUGUUCUUUUGGUAUUUUCAGCUAUUGUCUUUGGUGCCAUGGCAGUAGGGCAAGUCAGUUCGUUUGCCCCCGACUACACCAAAGCAAAAGUGUCAGCAGCCCACAUCAUCAUGAUCAUCGAAAAAACCCCUCUAAUCGACAGCUAUAGUAUGGAAGGCCUGAAGCCAGAUAAGUUGGAAGGAAAUGUGACAUUUAACGAAGUCAUGUUCAACUAUCCCACCCGGCCGGACAUCCCAGUGCUUCAGGGGCUGAGCCUCGAGGUGAACAAGGGACAGACACUGGCCCUCGUGGGCAGUAGUGGCUGUGGGAAAAGCACAGUGGUCCAGCUCCUCGAGCGGUUCUACGACCCCAUGGGCGGAACAGUGCUAAUUGAUGGAAAAGAUAUAAAGCAGCUGAAUGUCCAGUGGCUCCGCGCCCACCUGGGCAUCGUGUCCCAGGAGCCCAUCCUGUUUGACUGCAGCAUUGCAGAGAACAUCGCCUACGGAGACAACAGCCGGGUCGUGUCACAGGAUGAGAUCGUGCAGGCAGCCAAGGAGGCCAACAUACAUCCCUUCAUCGAGAUGCUGCCAGAAAAAUAUAACACCAGGGUAGGAGACAAAGGAACUCAGCUCUCUGGUGGCCAGAAACAGCGGAUUGCCAUAGCCCGCGCCUUGGUUAGACAGCCUCAUAUUUUGCUUUUGGAUGAAGCUACAUCAGCUCUGGAUACAGAAAGUGAAAAGGUUGUCCAAGAAGCCCUGGACAAAGCCAGGGAAGGCCGUACCUGCAUCGUGAUCGCUCACCGCCUCUCCACCAUCCAGAACGCAGACUUAAUAGUCGUGUUUCAGAACGGCAGAAUCAAGGAGCGUGGCACACACCAGCAGCUGCUGGCUCAGAAGGGCAUCUAUUUUUCAAUGGUCAGUGUCCAGGCUGGAGCAAAGCGCUAGGGAACUGUGACCAUAUGAAAUGUUAAAUAUUUUUUAAUAUUGUGUCUGAAUAUGGCAUUUAAUCAAAGUUAAAAAGCAAACACUUAUUGGAAAAAGUAUGUAGAGUUACCUGUUUAACAUUUCAUGCCACAAGUGAAGAUCAUUCCACUAAGUUCAGAGUCUUCAGAGACUUCACAAUAAAAGAACAGAAAGAGAACAUCAUGAUACAGGGAAAAUAAUUAUUUUAAUUGCAUUAUAAAAUUUAUAAAAAAUUCAGUGUACAUUUUAAAAAAUAAAGUGUAAUUUUGUUUAUAUUUUUUCAUUUGGACUAUAACUGCCUUGCUAAAAGGGUAUAUAAGUAGCAAAAAGUGCUGAAAUGUUUGUAGGCAAGUACCUAUAAUAAAACUAAACUUUUAUAAGACUGGA